AUGUCGAACCUCCCCUCCGAGCCCGAGUUCGAGCAGGCAUACAACGAGCUCGCCUCGACCCUGGAGAACAGCACUCUGUUCAAGAAGAACCCCGAGUACCGCACCGCUCUUAAGAUCGCCGCCAUCCCCGAGCGCGUCAUCCAGUUCCGCGUGCAAUGGGAGGAUGACCAGGGCAACGUCCAGGUCAACCGUGGCUACCGGGUCCAGUUCAACUCGGCCCUCGGCCCCUACAAGGGCGGCCUGCGUCUGCACCCCACCGUCAACCUGUCCAUCCUCAAGUUCCUGGGCUUUGAGCAGAUCUUCAAGAAUGCCCUGACCGGAUUGAUGAUGGGUGGUGGCAAGGGUGGUUCCGACUUCGACCCCAAGGGCAAGUCGGACAGCGAGAUCAGGCGGUUCUGCGUCGCCUUCAUGCGCGAGCUGCAGAGGCACAUUGGUGCUGACACCGACGUGCCUGCUGGUGACAUCGGCACUGGCGCCCGCGAGAUCGGCUACAUGUUUGGAACCUACCGCAAGGAGAAGAACAAGUUCGAGGGCGUCCUGACCGGCAAGGGCCUCAACUGGGGUGGCAGUCUGAUCCGACCAGAGGCCACUGGCUACGGCCUCGUCUACUACGUCGGUCACAUGCUUGAGUACGCCGGCGCCGGCGGCUGGGCGGGCAAGCGCGUCGCCGUCUCCGGCUCCGGCAACGUUGCUCAGUACGCGGCACUGAAGUGCAUUGAGCUCGGUGCCACUGUCGUCUCGCUGUCCGACUCCAAGGGCUCGCUCGUCGCCGAGAACGGUUUCGCGCCCGCCGAGAUCGAUGCCAUUGCCGGCCUGAAGCUCAAGCACAAGGCCCUGACUGACUUCGUCGCGGCCGCCUCCGACGCCAACAAGUUCAAGUACAUCGAGGGCGCCCGCCCGUGGACCCACGUCGGCAAGGUCGACGUCGCCCUGCCUUCGGCGACCCAGAACGAGGUGUCCCAGGAGGAGGCUGAUGCCCUGGUCGCCGCUGGCUGCAAGUUCAUCGCUGAGGGCUCCAACAUGGGCUGCACCCAGGGAGCCAUUGACGUCUUCGAGGCCGAGCGGCAGUCAAAGGGCGCCGGCAGCAUCUGGUACGCUCCCGGAAAGGCCGCCAACUGCGGCGGUGUUGCCGUCUCGGGCCUGGAGAUGGCGCAGAACAGCGCGAGGCUGUCGUGGACCCGCGAGGAGGUCGACCAGAAGCUUGCCGGAAUCAUGAAGGACGCGUUCGAGAACGGCCUCAACACCGCCAAGGAGUACGUCGAGUCCAAGGAGGGAGAGCUGCCCUCGCUCGUUGCCGGCUCGAACAUUGCCGGCUUCGUCAAGGUUGCCGACGCCAUGAGGGAGCAGGGCGACUGGUGGUAA